AGGCGGGGCUGGGGGGACGGGGGAGGCGCGCCCGCGCUGGUCCUGCUCCCGCAUCGCCGAGCCGCAGCGGCUCCGCAGCAUCCUUGGCCCGCCCCCGCGCCGCCCCUCCUCCCCGCGCCGAUGGUACGCUCCGGUCCGCCUGGCCCGGCCGCAGUGGAUGUUGCUAGAAUCCACGCGCAGGAAGGAAGCGACGCAGGCAGGCUGCGCUGACCCCAGCGGCCACCCCUGCCUCAGGGACCCGUUCCCCGAGAGACGGCACCAUGACCCAGGGCAAGCUCUCCGUGGCUAACAAGGCCCCCGGGACCGAAGGGCAGCAGCAGGCGCAGGGGGAGAAGAAGGAGACUCCGGCUGUGCCCUCGGCCCCGCCCUCCUACGAAGAGGCCACCUCUGGGGAGGGGCUGAAGGCAGGGGCCUUCCCCCCAACCUCCACAGCUGUGCCUCUCCACCCCAGCUGGGCCUACGUGGACCCCAGCAGCAGCUCCAGCUAUGACCGCGGAUUCUCCACUGGACACCAUGAACUCUUCACCACCUUCAGCUGGGACGACCAGAAAGUCCGCCGCGUCUUUAUCAGAAAGGUCUACACCAUCCUGCUGAUCCAGCUGCUGGUGACUUUGGGCGUCGUGGCUCUCUUUACCUUCUGUGACCCUGUGAAGGAUUAUGUUCAAGCCAAUCCGGGCUGGUACUGGGCGUCCUACGCUGUGUUCUUCGUCACCUAUCUGACCCUGGCUUGCUGCUCUGGACCCAGGAGGCACUUUCCAUGGAACCUGAUUCUUCUGACCGUGUUCACCCUGUCCAUGGCGUACCUCACUGGGAUGCUGUCCAGCUACUACAACACCACAUCUGUGCUGCUGUGCCUGGGAAUCACAGCCCUCGUCUGCCUCUCGGUCACCAUCUUCAGCUUCCAGACCAAGUUUGACUUCACCUCCUGCCAGGGCGUGAUCUUCGUGCUGCUCAUGACCCUUCUGUUCAGUGGACUCAUCCUAGCCAUCCUCCUGCCCUUCCAAUAUGUGCCCUGGCUCCAUGCAAUCUACGCAGUGCUGGGAGCGGGCGUGUUUACGUUGUUCCUGGCAUUUGACACCCAGUUGCUGAUGGGUAACCGUCGCCACUCGCUGAGCCCCGAGGAGUAUAUUUUUGGAGCCCUCAACAUCUAUCUGGAUAUCAUCUACAUUUUCACCUUCUUCCUGCAGCUUUUUGGCACCAACCGGGAUUGAGGAGCCCCGCCCCCUGCCCCCACCCCUGCCUCUCCCUCAGAACGCCCUCUCCCCUUGCUCUCCCAAGACCAGACAUAAAACUAGCUGCCCGCCAGCCCACGUCUCAUGUGCCCCGCCCGGCCCCUAAGAUGUCGCAUGUGCAUUUACCAUCAGGGCCCCAUGGAGAACCUUUCCAAUGACAUCUUCCAGUUUGGGACAGUCACACUCGAAGGCCCCUCUGAGUCUGGGGAUCCGAGGGACGGGUGAGAGGGACCUGGCAGGAUUUCCCAGGACGCCUGGAGCUGCCACUGUGCCACAGGUCAGCACUGUCACUUUGGAAGGAAGGGGGGAUGCUCACAGGUGGGGGAUGAAGUGAGAGAAGGGCCUCCCACCAGUCGCUUGCUCCAGGGGCUUGGGCCCAGGGGCCCAGGGCUGCAGGAGAGAGGCAGGAAGCCGGUGCCUCUGCUGCUUGCCUUGGUUUCCCCUCCUGGGUGUGACAGAGCUCUGUUGGGGCAGGAGGUUUGGACAUGGUUGGGGGGAAGGGGGCUUCUCCUGAAAAAGGCCCGUCCUGGGUCCCCUGGAGAGCAGGGAGUGACCCUCUGUAGUACGUGACCCUCCGCUGUGUCCACAGGGCAGGUGUUGGGGGUGUGGAGCCAAGUCCUACACCUCCCCUCUGCCUCCAUUCUCUCUGAUUUCUAGCCCCGGCCUGAGGCUUGGAGAGAGGUGUGCAGGCCCUCAGGCAGGAGGCUCUGGGGGAAGAGGCAGUGGCUGCAGCAGCUGGGCCACCCCCUCUGGAGGGCGCCUUGUCCUGCCCCCCCCCAAGUCCCCUCUGUACCUGUUUCCAGAGCCCUCCCCCACCUGCUCCCCUUUGCUAGCCUCCCUCCCCUCCCCGCCGGGCCUCCUAAGGCCUUAGUGGUGUUGGCAAUGCCACGUCCCUUCCCCACAGGCCCACAGCCCCAAGCCCCCGCCCCCACCCCUUAUCGCUGCAUCUCCUUUGCAAGUUGUCCAGCCCUGAUGCUGACAGCCAGGGCCAGGCCCUCCGGCUGGCCCCAUGCGCUGAGGCCAGGGCUCCCUUAUCAGCCUCCAGGCGGCUGGGAUCUCAGGCAGGGUGUGCGUUGGGUCACCCAAGCUCGGCCAGGGGAGGGGACUGGGGGGCCACACCUGGAGAACGUGCAGCUGGCAUGUGUGCAUGGCCAGCUCCGGGCCAGUGGAAAGUUACUGGCUGGAGGCAGGGAGGCCUGGGCUGGAUGGCUCGGCCCUCCUUUCGCCUCUCCCUCCAGGGGCUUCUCUUCCCUUCUUCCUGGGGGUGGGGUGUGCUCUGUUCACCCCUGGAAGGCCUCAGAGAUGUUAUCUCCAUCCCCCACCCAGCCCUCCACACCCUCCUGCUUCGAGUUUCCAAGAAACAUUGCAGAAGCCUUUGCA